AUGUCCGGGGAAUCUUCUGCUUCGACUGCGAAUGAAAAAGUUGCUCUCAUCACAGGAAUAACUGGACAGGAUGGAUCCUAUUUAGCAGAGUUUUUAAUUGAAAAGGGUUAUGAAGUACAUGGAAUUUUAAGGCGCUCUUCAUCAUUCAAUACUGGCCGAAUUCAACAUUUAUAUGAAAAACCUGCUUGCUUUUCUGGAGGGCGUAUGCAUUUGCAUUAUGGAGAUCUAACUGACACCACCUGCCUUAUUAGUAUUAUUUCAAAGGUCAAACCAAAAGAGAUAUACAAUCUUGGAGCUCAAUCCCACGUCAAGGUUUCCUUUGAGCUCAGUGAAUACACAGCUCAAGUGGACGCGUUAGGAACCCUGAGGUUGUUAGAAGCAGUGAGGGUUGCUGGCCUAGAAAAACAGACCAAAAUUUACCAGGCAUCUACCUCUGAGCUCUAUGGAAAAGUAGUGGAAAUACCACAAACUGAAAACACGCCGUUCUAUCCACGAUCGCCCUAUGCUUGUGCAAAAUUAUAUGGCUAUUGGAUUGUCGUUAACUACCGCGAGGCGUACGGUAUGUUCGCGUGUAACGGGCUAUUGUUCAAUCAUGAAAGCCCGCGUAGAGGGGAGAAUUUUGUCACGAGGAAGAUCACGAGGGCAGUGGCUAAGAUACAGCUGGGUUUGCUCGAAUGUCUAGAGCUGGGGAAUUUGGAUAGUAAGAGAGAUUGGGGUCACGCCAAGGACUAUGUCGAGGCAAUGUGGCUAAUGCUACAACAAGAGAAGCCAGAAGACUUCGUAGUGGCAAUGGGGGAGGCGCACAGUGUUAGGGAGUUUGUCGACAAGGCUUUCGCGCACGUGGGGAGGACUAUCGAGUGGAGGGGAAGUGGGGUGGAGGAGACGGGGCACGAUAAAGCCACGGGACAAUUGCUAGUGCGGGUCAACCCUAAGUAUUUCAGACCUACUGAAGUGGACCUAUUACUAGGAGACGCAAGUAAAGCCAAACAACAGCUUGGCUGGUCUCCACGGAUGACCUUCGAUGAGCUGGUCGUUGACAUGAUGGAUGCUGACAUGGAGCUCAUGAGGAAGAAUCCACAGGCGUAG